AUGUUCAAGCGAGUACUCGCCACGGUUCCUGCGCAGGCCAGCCAGGCCGUCCGUGUCGCCGCAACCAGCACCGCUCGCCCACAGUUCGCCCGCAGCAUCGCGCCCGCAACUCAACAAUUGACGUCGCGACGAAGCUACCACGAGAAGGUGCUCGACCACUACAACAACCCACGCAAUGUCGGUUCGAUGAAGAAGAACGACGUGGAUGUCGGCACUGGACUCGUGGGUGCGCCCGCGUGUGGAGACGUUAUGAAGCUGCAAAUCAAGGUCGGAAAGAACGCGCAGGGAGAGGAUCUCAUUGAGGAUGUUAAGUUUAAGACAUUCGGAUGCGGAUCUGCUAUCGCUUCGAGUAGCUACUUGACUGAGCUUGUGAGGGGUAUGACUUUGGAGCAGGCGGGCAAGAUUCGGAACACGGAGAUUGCGAGGGAGUUGUGCUUGCCUCCUGUGAAGUGUAAGUUGGGCGUAGAAACAAGACGAUGAUCACGAGAGAUGAUUGCUGACGGUAAUUGUGAUAGUGCACUGCUCCAUGCUUGCGGAGGACGCGAUCAAGAGCGCCAUCAACAACUACUACACCAAGAACCCCAAGGCCCGCGCAACCGACCUCGGCGGUACCGGCGCAGCCAUGCCCAAGAUUGAAAUCGAAAAGGUUCCUGGAUCGGGAGCUGAGGCACCUGCAUCGGCGUAG